AUGUCCCACAAACAGUAUAUGCCUAUCCCAUCCACAGUGCUCCGUAAGUCCAGCUCAGCCACAAUGAGCAAACCAGCUCCUCUUAAUACUUUUCUCUCAAUCAAGUCCUCUGGAACCACUGCUAAGCCUCUACCAGUUGUUAAAGAGUCAUCACCUGAACAACUUCUACCUCCUGAUAUCAUCUCCAAAGCAUUUGGAGGGGAAGAGGUGCUUCUAAAAGGGUCUCCAGAGGAAAAAAAGGUACUGGCUGAAAAGAAAGAGCCAUCCCAUAUGCCAGAACAAAUACUACCGCCCCCACCGCCGCCGCCACCACCACCACCUCCUCCUCCACUCCCCACAGUUAUACCUCAUCCAGCUGCUCCAACUUCUACUCAAGUAGAUGCUACCUUGACUCCAACACAGUCAAGCCCAGCUGUCUCUCAGCCUCUCAGCCCUGACUUCCUGGAUCUUAACAUUUUGAACAGUGUGUUGCCAGUAGCUAUCAUGGCUUCAGCACAGCCAACUGCUAUACCUUCUGAUGAAACAGCUCCUGGGGUAAGUGAGAAUGAUAAAGACCAGGAUGUGUUUUCUGUGUUAGUUCGCCCUCCACCUCCCCUCUCAAGUGUGUUCAGUGAACAAGCAAAAAAAUUGGAAAAGCGAAAUUCAUGCCUAGCCACAGCCAAUGCUAAAGAUUUGUAUGACAUAUUCUACAGUAGUGGUGGAAAGGGGACAACAGAGACUAAACUGAGUAGUGGUUCAUUGGCCAAUGGGGAAAAUCCCAACCUCUUAAAAGUUGGAAAUUCAGAUACCUCUGCCAUUGCUACUUUGAAUAGCUGUAUAUCCCAAGAGAAGUUCACUCCAGAUGAAAGUUUGGACUCUGUUCCUUUAGUCAGCAAACAUGAAAAAUCUGUUAAAAAAACAACAUUGGUAUCUUUAGAGAAAUGGUCAGUUGUAGAACACAUAGACUCAAACAGCAAAGAGAGUAGAUAUAGGUUUCUACAACCUCUGACAAGGUUGUGCCAAAGCAGGCCUUAUGAAGCUGUUGCUCAAACGACAGACACUAUGGCCAUUUGGACUUCUAGCUCACUCGAGAAUGAUGCUAGUAGGGAUGUAUCUCCAGAGGUAAAAAAUGAGCUUGACGUUGGAGCACCAGGGCCACCAGAUACAGAACCAGCCCAUCAGCUCUUGGACAUUCAUUCUCAUACCAUGGAAUCUCAGAAGCUGGUAGAAGCCCACCUUCUGAAAUCUGGUGACCAGGAGGAAAAACGCCAGGAGCUCCAGAAAUCUAAAGAUUAUAGAGAAAAUGAGGAAAAGACAAACACUGUACUAAAAGAAAGAGGACAAAGGCCUUCUGAGAGGAGUAUAGGAGAGGGAACAGGAAUUAAUAUUGGCCCCAAUAACACAGCAGACUCUAAUUUGAACCAUGAGAAAAAAUCUGUGUCAGAAAGAGAAGCACAAGUGACUGACAAAAAGGCUGAGCAGUCCAAGACACUAAUGACAGGAAGCAAAAUUCAAAGUAGUGUAAGAAUUGAAUUGACUGCACAAACUCUCUCUUCAUCACAGGUAAAAAUAGAUUCAUUUCCAUCAGAAACUAGAUCUUUACUCCAGAACCCACAAGUUAAAGUUUUUAAAAGUCUUGCCCCAGAAUUACUUCUUCAAUCCUCAGCCAAACCACCUAUGUGUUUAAUAGAUCAUAUAAAAGAAAAGGGAGUUUCAGCUAAUAAUAUAGAAUGGUCAGAAAAUUCACUUCUAGAACCAGCUUCUAAAAUCUCCAGAUAUAAAAGUCUUAAACUCAAGAAAGAAAGAUCAAAAGGUUUUCUGGGUAAAAUGAUGCUUGAACUGACUGUUUCGGAAGAGAAGAGGAAGAAGCCAGAAAUUUGGGGAUGUCCAGAGAAAUCAGAAGCAGAAGCCCUGGAACUACAAGGUAUCCAUCCAGAAUUAACAGUGACGGUAGAAGGAAAACCUUUAGAAAACUCUGAAAUCACAGACUUAAAAGUGAAAGAACUUGCUGCCCUGAGAUAUCUGGGGAAUGUGGGUAUCAAUUUUCACAAUACUCAAGUAGAAAACACAACACAUAAAUCCUCAACUUCCCUGUCUCAGAAAAUAUGUGAAGAAAAUUCUCCAUCUUAUGUAGGACACAAUCCUAACACUCUCACUGACUUUGAAUCCAUCCCAUCCUUUUCUGCGUUUCACUCAGACUCUCCUAAAACCCUGGUCCUUAACAUUGGAACAGAGGGUGAACAAAACUCAUCUAAUCCCAGAAAUGGGAGGAUCACCCGUAACAUUUUGAAAACUGCACUUCCUAUAGAAAAUGUUGACCUUGACUUGGGGAGACUGGAAGGAACCCACCAGGCCUUUGAUUUGUUAGCAGGAGGAAUGAUGCCCAAGGAGGAAGAAGGAACUGAAGCAAAGAAACAAGAUUCAUUCAGACUGAAAUCCCAAACAAUGAGUUCUGCUGGCCUUGGACCAUCUCCUUGCCUUCCGGACCUUGUUGACUUUGUUACCAGAACAUCUGUGGUUCAGAAAGAAAAGAUCUGUUCUCUCUCAGAACCAGGUGGCCCUCCUGAAUGUAAUUCCCCAGAGAAUGCAUCUGUCAGACAGGUAACAAUGCCUCAAGUUGAUGACAGCUAUUUGAAUAUGGGAGAAUGUCUGGCUUCAAUCUCUCCUACGAGACAGCAGGUUGUUAGAAGCAAUAUGUUCCCUCGUGAUACACCUGUUCGAGGAGCUGCAGUUGAUGCCAUUCAGGACUACGAAGAACCCAGUGUUCAUAAAUAAGAAUGCACAUCCAGAACAGCUUGUGGGUGAAUAAGUGGCUUCUAGACUCUGGCACCCAGAUGAUGCAGGUCGCUCUCAUCCGGACCCUACAGGCAAUAUCCUCCGCUUCGUACAGUGAAUGCUCAUGGAAGUCUUCUUCCCUUUUUGUUUUUUCCCCAUGUCUCCUUAAAAUACCAGAGAAAUGACUGAUAACUCCUUCUAUACAUAUCUGUAAAAAUAUCUUAUGUUAAAAUGUUUUAUUGCCGAUUUUCUCCUUGCCAUUAAAAUCAAAUGUCUAUCUGGUUCACCAUCUAGUGUGCUUUGAUUGUAUUUUGACUUUGCUUCUGCCGUUCUGGAAUGUGGGGGAGGAGAGGAACAGUUGGUUUCUUCCAUUGCUAUCUUGUAUUCCCACCCAAUUUUGUGGGCAACUGAUGGAUCUAGGAGAAACACCAGAAAGUUGGCUAAGAUUGAAAACUGCUGAUGAACGAAUGUUCAUCUCUUGGGCUUCUGUUUGGAUGGGCCUGCCUUAAUAUUUUGAAGUACAGUGUGAGUAGUUCUUUCAUAUACUGUUUGU